CGAUGUCGGUAUUCGAUCAGUGGUUCCUUCGCAAUAAAUGAAAAGUUUAUCACAUCGGCAAAAGUUUGUGCAUCAUGAUGGCCUGUUUGCAUGAGAUUGAUUGAACUUACGCUCUCGUUCAGUAGUCUGGUCUUCACCGAGAUUCGCAUUGCUUUCUGUCUACCUAACAAUAUCUACAUACAAGCGUUUAUAUCUACUUUCCUCCAUCCACAUCAUUAUCCAUCACGAUGAGUCGAUGUGGGUGCAAAUACUCGAGAGGGCAGCACACUCCAUCACCUUGAACAUGAGGUGAUGCCCAUUGACCCUGAUAACGCCAAGCGAUUCCAUGCGUGUGAGACUAAACGGGGACUUGCAGAUGCGCUCAGUAUGAUCGAAAAUGAGUCAUUUCUGCUCAUAACUACCCUAAUCCUAAUACAGACAAGCGUCGCAUUCGCUUUCCACCACUGCAACACUCUCAAAAGCAUGACUAGUUACACUUCUCGUUAUUAGGUAUUACUGUAGCACUCGAUGUGGACAACAAUUAUGAAACAGAAUGGAACCGGCCG